AUGGCGACCGUCAGCCACCCACGCAGAGACCCCAAUACGCUGAGUAAUUAUGAUAGCUGGUUGUCUACGCAUAUCACAGCCAACUUUGCGAUCCUAUUCGAUGAGAAGAAGCUUGCCGGAAAUGUCGUCCACAAGCUCAAAUCGAGAACCGAUUCGGACUCUACCGAGAUCAUCCUUGACACCAGCAAUGUGAAAGUUGGGGGCGUGCAUAUCGAUGGCAAACCUUCCUCGAACUGGGAGCUUCUUGCUCCACAGGAACCUUAUGGAUCUGCCUUGAGGAUAGUCCUUGAUCACGGUGUUAGUCGAAAUGAGAUCGUGACAAUCGACAUCGCGGUCGAGACAACUGAACGAUGCACUGCGCUCCAAUGGCUAACACCGGCCCAAACGUCGAAUAAGAAACAUCCCUACAUGUUCUCUCAAUGUCAGGCUAUUCAUGCACGGUCCAUUUUCCCGUGCCAAGAUACGCCUGAUGUUAAAUGUACUUUUGAUUUCAACAUCGAAUCCCCACUUCCUGUGAUUGCUAGUGGCCUGCCGAUUGACAAGGAAGAGCCGCAGUCCGGUAACGCAACGUACCGUUUCCACCAACGUGUGCCGAUCCCUACUUAUUUGUUCGCCCUUGCUAGUGGUGACAUCUCAGAGGCCACUAUCGGACCCCGGAGCGCUGUUGCGACAAGCCCCGACAAACUCCAGGAAUGCCAAUGGGAGCUUGAAGCGGAUACAGAGAAGUUUAUUCAUGCAAUCGAGGCAAUUGUCUACCCCUAUGUUUGGGGUAGAUAUAACGUGCUGAUUCUACCACCGAGCUUUCCGUACGGUGGCAUGGAGAAUCCAAUCUUCACAUUUGCCACUCCUAGCAUCAUCUCCAAGGAUAGGGAAAAUGUUGAUGUUAUUGCGCACGAGCUCGCGCAUAGCUGGAGCGGUAACCUGGUUACCAAUGCCUCUUGGGAACACUUCUGGUUGAACGAGGGCUGGACAACCUAUUUGGAGAGACGGAUUUUGGCUGCCGUCCAUGGCGAACCGUAUAGACAUUUCUCGGCCAUCAUAGGCUGGAAGUCGCUUGCUGAUUCUGUGGAGCAUUUUGGGCAUGACCACGAGUUCACCAAACUAAUCACUGACCUCAAGGGGAAGGACCCUGAUGAUGCAUUUUCAAGCAUUCCGUAUGAAAAGGGAUUCAACUUUCUCUAUCAUCUAGAAACGUUGGUGGGAAAGAACAAGUUUGAUCAGUUCAUUCCUCAUUACUUCAUGACCUUCAAGGAAAAAUCCCUUGAUUCAUUCCAAUUCAAAUCGACAAUCUUGGACUUCUUCCAAUCCGAUGCGGAAGCCUCCAGAUUGCUAAAUGAACUCGACUGGGAUACCUGGUUUUACGCGCCUGGAUUGCCACCCAAGCCCCACUUUGAUACCUCUCUUGUGGAUGUUGUAUACGAGCUAUCCAACAAGUGGAAGUCACUUCCUCAAUCAUCGUUCAAGCCCCAGCCGAGUGAUAUCAAGGAUUUGACUGCGAACCAAGUUGUCGUAUUUUUGGAACAGAUCUUGCUUGGAAACCCCCUCACACCUGAGCUGUCUGGGCUCAUGGGUCAGGUAUAUGGAUUUGCCUCAAGUGAAAACAUUGAGGUCUCAAAUCUCUAUCUUCAGGUGGGCCUGAAGGCCCGGGAUGAAAGCGUGGUUGAGCCGACCGCAGAAUUACUAGGCAGGAUUGGGAGAAUGAAAUUCGUUCGACCGCUCUACCGAAACCUCCAGAAAUUCAGCCGAACCCUUGCAGUUGACACUUUUGAGAAACACAAGGAGUUCUAUCAUCCUAUCUGUCGAGCCAUGGUUGAGAAAGACCUAUUCGGCAAAGGAGGAAUGUAA